ACCCUCUGCCACCCUCUGCCUGUCCUUGUCCACGCCUCAGAAUCGACGGCGCUCUCCAUAGCACUUCGCUGAGCCAUACACGAUGGCGCCGUCGGUAGCAGACAGGCAGAAUCACCGCCAUGAUGUUGCCGUCCUGGUCCAACCACUGUACCAAAUCGACGCCACUCCGACGUCGCCGGAGCCUUCGACCUCGAGCCCUCGAGACGACGUCUUUGGCAUACCUGCCGUUUCCACGACCAUCAAUGUCAGCCUACUGACCGAUCGCCUCGCCUCAACAUCUCGACACGCCAGCGCCAGUAGUUCUAGCACCAAGAGACCGGCGCCUCACAAGAGAAGCCAAGAGCCCUCCUCUUCGUCCUCGUACUCAGCAUUCACGUCAAAGAGGAUCAAGACAGAGGACCCCUCUCAGAGCAGUCCACAUCGACACGAUGAUAUGGAACGCGACGAGCUCGAUGAAGCGCAGCAACCUCGCCCACACCUCCUCUCUACAUCCUGCCUCUUCCGCAUAGACGAUGGUGCCCAGCACCUUGCCGACGGAUCUCUGGGUCCCAUGCUCCUCAGCGCACACAAGCGCGCCACCUCAGACGACGCGUUCGACGAUGCCUACAUACCCGAUCAAGAGCUUCAUAUCCAGACUCCGGAUGGGUCGCUCCUUGUCACCUUACCCGUUCUCCGAACAAUGGAUGACCGAUACCCUCUCGAUGCUCAGCCCUGGCGAGCCACCUGUGGCGAAUGGCUUCUCAGCGCUGCUCGCCUCGCAAACAAGGGCGUCAUCGAGUGGCAAGUCGAGGCUUCACUCGAGACUGGUGGAUCAAUCCUCAAGCUCGACAUAACCGCCCGCCUGGGACCAACGUGCCCGAUCAUCGAAGUGAGCCCAGCCGCGCACUCGAUGCUACGCACCGCCGACGUGACGGACCUUGCCUACCUCAACCGCUUCAUUUCCAUUGACUCUGAUAUUGAGGCAGAGCGACAGAGGCGGCGCGGCAUUGAUGCCAGUGCCAUCUACGCCAAUCUCUGCCCGGCACGAAUCGAUGGGCCUCACACGCUGCAGCCUCAACAGCUCGACGCCACUCUGCUCCCUUUCCAGCGUCGCUCAGCUGCAUUCAUCCUUGGCCGCGAGGGCAAAUCAUUCUUCAAGGAGGAUGCAGGCGUCUACGAAGCGUACGACCAGAUCAUGACAAAUCGAGGUUGGACACAGCUUGGCCUAUGGUGGCAACGCGUUCACGACAGCCUCUACUACAAUGCAGUGACGGGCCACUUCACCCAGUCGAUUGCAGCAACACGAGCUCACGACGUCAAAGGAGCGCUACUCGCCGAGGAGAUGGGGUUGGGGAAAACCGUAGAGGUGCUUGCCUUAAUUCUUCUCAAUCCUUCGCCACCGGCGCGCCACGACGCGGAAGAGUACAUGGACGAAGUCAAUGAAGUCAUGGUGCAACCCAUCAAGACCACCCUCAUCGUCGCACCGGACGUCCUGGUCGAUCAGUGGGCCGAAGAGAUUGGCCGCCAUGCGCCUGCCCUCAACGUCUACGUCUUCACCGGCCGUGGACCACUCAAGAAGAGCAUGGGUGCAGACGGCAACUUCCAAGAAUUCGCGGCCAGCUUUGACGUCAUCAUCGCCAGCUUCAAGAAUGUACAAGGCGAGUUCGACAUAGCUCAGAAAGAGCGCCCUCGCUCGAGGCGAUUUCCACGCAAGUACGAAAGGAGUCGCUCGCCGCUCAUCGUCGUCGAAUUCUGGCGUGUCGUCUGCGAUGAGAUUCAGAUGGUGGGCAACACCACAAAGGCCGCAGAAGUAGUCAGCAUGAUCCCUCGACAAAGCAGCCUCGCCGUCAGCGGAACUCCAAUCAAGCGACUGGGUGAUUUGGGCUCCUUCUUUCGCUUUCUACGUCUCCCAUCUGCUGCUUCCAUUCUCUACCAGUCUCCUUCGCCUGCCGUCCUCGCGGCAGCGUUGCACAAGGGCCUCAACACGCUGACUACUCGCCAUUUGAAGGUUGGGGUGCGAGACGAGAUGACAUUGCCGGCACAGAGACGCUAUAUUAUGCCCAUCGACUUUACCGCUGUCGAACAGGCGUACUACGACUCGGUCUGGCAAAGCGCUUUAGGAACACUAGGCAUGGACCACAAUGGCGCCCCUCUCCGAGGUGACUGGCAGCUCGAUGAGGUGACGAUGCGCAACCAACUGCUCCUUCUCCGUCAGGCGUGCACGCAUCCCCAGAUCGCCGGACGCGUUCUCGGUAGCGGCGCUCUCGCUGAAGGCAACCUGCGCUCCAUCGGCGAGGUUCUCAUCUUCAUGAGAGACCAAGCAUCCUCGACGCUCGCUGCACAGCGUAACCAAUGGGCUCAACGCGUCAUCGAUCGGGCUGUCUACCAACUGCAAGAUAAGCAAGGCGUGGAGCAACGCGCAGUGGCUCUUGCUGCCCUUGAAGGGCUGGUUACCACUUUGCAGAGCUUUUGUGCGGGCACUCGCGAUGAGCUUAAGCGAGCCAAGAGAGUUGGUCCCGGCUACUCAUUCAAGGCAGACGAUGACGCCGAUGACGGCAGCUCAUCAUCCAGCCCGAGCCCGGAUCCUAUCAAUCCGUCCGACGUAGAGAAAGCGCGUGAGCGAUCAGCGCAACGCCAGGCUCGUUCAACGCAUCUCGUCACUGUGGCGCAACGCCAUCGAGCUGCGACCGAGGUAUUGGCUCGCGCAACUCACUGGCUGGGCAACAUCCGCUACAGGAUCAAUGAGGGCCGCGAACAAGGCAAGGACGAGGACGCGGCACUCAAAGCAGCAGAAGAGGAGGCUUAUCAAGCGGCAGAAGCUUUGCGCCAGGAGCUGCUCAAAGAGGCAAAGUAUCACGUCGACCGCAGAGCUGAGGCAACGCGCAAGAUCCACGUCAAGUUUAACCUCAAUGACAUGGGCGAAGACGUGCAAAGCUUCGAGCACUACGGGCACCACACUGCUGAGAUUGUGGCGCAAAUCAAGGAGCGGCUGACGCUACUGGACAAGAAUGCCGCGUUGCUGAUGCAGUGGCGCGAAACGGCCAUCGAACAGCUCUACACGCCCGUCAAUCGCGAUGUCUCGGAAGAGAAUGCAGACGACGAUCAAUACGCCGAGGCUCUCGACACUCAGCACAAGGUGGAAGUGAUGCUUGAGAUGUACAGGCCUCUGCUAGCGGAGAGGCAGAGGAUCUUGACGUGGGAAGUAGCCGUUGGCGCAACGGACAGGCCUUCCGGGUUCAAAGAGCUUGAGCUCGCCGUCGAGGCUUCGAAGAGGAGUAGUAGGCAAGCCAUGCUUAGAGGGGAGAUCAGCCGCGAAGACUUUGAUGCCGACCACGAAGGUUUCUCGGCGCUGAACGAAGUAGAUGCAGCCAAGCUGAAGCACUUUCGUCAACUCGACGCAGAUAAGCGCAAGGCCUCGUUGAUUGCACUGUCUGAGAUGACAUCGCUUCGCGAGCUCUUGGAUCGUCUACGUGGCAUCUCGGACAUGGCCUCCAGCUUCGAGCUGGAAAUCGCUCGUACAGCGACGGCUGGUCUUCGUGCCGUCUUGAAGCAUCAAAAUACCAUUCUCGAAGGGCUACGACGUGAGCUGGACGGCUUCGCAAGACUCUUCAAUCAGCGCGCCGAGUACUUCAAGCAGCUUCAAGCGUUGAGCGAUGCCCUCGUCGACUUGCCCGUCGCUGCGGGUCAGAUCGAUGCGAAGCUGACCAAGGUCACCAGCGAGAUUGACGCGACAUCGACGAAAAUGAUGCAAAGCGAGUCGCGCCUGCGCUACCUCGAUCAUCUCGGCAAGAUUGAGGAAGAGGGACUUGAUGAGGAAGCACGCAAAUGUAUCAUUUGCACCGACGAGAUUCAGAUCGGCAUCCUCACGGCUGUCUGUGGGCACAUUGUCUGCCAGAGCUGCUUUCGCGCGUGGCAUGCCAAGUACGGCACAUGCCCAGUCUGUCGAAGCAAGAUUGGCCCGCUCAAGGAUCAGCAUAGGGUUAUCUACUCACGUCCAGAGGAGACGGAGGUUGUCGAGGACGGUGUUGAGGCCACUACAGACGCCGCAGUGUCAAGUCAGAGUGGGUCGGCGACGCUGCCGCGCCGCCCAAAGAAGAUCGCCUUCAAUGUCGCGAGUCAAGAACUGCAGCGCCGUAUCGAGACGACGACAUCGCUCGGUCGAUACGGCAGUAAGCUCGAAAUGCUCGUCAAGCAUCUAAUCUUCAUCUCUGCCGAGACGCCUGGCGACAAGACGAUCGUCUUCUCGGCUUUUGCUCGCGGCCUCACGCUUGUAGCCGAUGCGCUCAGGCAGAAUGGAGUAGCUCACGUCUCUGUCGGAUCAGGAGCGAGCAAGGGGCAAGUUGCAAGCAAGGUGCGAGAGUUCACUCAGGGCGACAAGGUCGAUGUGCUCUUGCUUCACUCUGAACAGACUUCGGCGGGACUCAAUCUCAUGGCGACGAAGAACGUCAUCUUGCUGGAACCGCUCGUCAACUCGGGAGCUGAGCGUCAAGCGCUGGGCCGUGUCCACCGCAUCGGCCAAACCAAGGAGACCAACGUCUACUGCUACUACGUCAAGGACAGCGUGGAAGAGCGGAUCCUACAUCUUGCCGCUCAUCGUGGUCAGAGCAUGUAUCUGCGGGCAUCGGAAGGCGGCGGCGUCAAGAAGGAUGGCGGAGGGGAGGGCGAGGACGGCGUGUAUGACGAUUCUGGAGCGGUAAUUGCGCGGACGACGGCCGCGGGAAUGGCAUGUGAAAAAGGCGACUACGUCAACUCAGUCGACGAUCUCCUGUCGUGCUUCUUCGCAGAGCACACGUCGGGGACCACAUCGACGACAACGUUCAAUGGCGAGCGAGGCGCAUCGCUGUCAGCGCGAGGGGGGCCGGAUGAAGCACAGCCGACGACGUCUGGGCCACCUCUGAGCGACGCAGAGCACGCUCGCCAAGCUCGAUUGGAGAUUUAUGACCGCAGGGGCAGGGCCGAAGCACUCGCGGCUACUCGCACAACGCAAUGAGACGUCGCGCUAGUCCAACAUUGUAGUCAGAGGCGGUGAGGAAAGACAGGACUGAGAGGGCGGGGGGUAAAUACAAAUACAAUUGUAGACG